AUGAGUACAGGGCCAUUGAGUACGUUCUGGCCCUAUGGCAUGAUAUUUUUUACUUUCCUGUGUUCCGUAACUAUUGGUGUUCUGCUAGUCGUGGGAAAUAUUUUUCUGUAUCGGUAUAUAACUCUGUGCCGGAAUAACCUCGCCUACAUUUAUUCGUCUAAAAAUUACUUGAUAAUAGGGCUUUUGGUCAAUUUGCUGCUCGUCGCAAAUUGGGUAGCAAUGAUACUGUUUGGAAUGUGGCCCAACGAAACUAUUGCCGAAGUGGCUCACUAUGUGUGGAAUGGUGAAAUAGAGCUUUUUGAUAGAGUGUACAUUGGCUUUACAAGCUGGGGAGGAGCCGAUACGAGAAAAUUGGCGAUAGUUAUUGAAUCGUUGGUGAUGAUGCUUGCUGUGGCGCAACUGAAUCCGUUUUGUGCGUUUGAGAUCAACCGUUGCCUCAAGAAUAAUUCGAUGAGCGAUCGGACAAAGGAGAUCCAUAAGAAAAUGUUGAUCCUCCUUACAAUUCAG